AUGUUUGACGACAAACCUAUGAGAGCUCAGAGAAAGGAAAUAGAUAAUCUGGCACCUAUUAGUGAAAUAUUUGACAACUUUGUGGAUGUUAGCAAGAAAAGCUAUAGUGCUGGUGCAUUGACAAUGAUAGAUGAGUUGUCAGAACCAUUCCAUGGACGUUGCAAAUUUAGGCAGUACAUAGCAAAUGAGCCCGCAAAAUAUGGCAUUAAGGUGCCAGAAUGUUUUAUAAAGGAGAAACAUGAUGAUGGACAAUUUAUUUUACAUCUGUACCAUUGGCUAACAAAUGUACACCAAUCACCGACUCACAGUAGUAGGUACUCCGCGGAAAAUAGAAGAGACAUUCCACCAGAACUUCUGGACAUAAAGUGUAGGCAACUAAACAGCAGCAUAUUUGCAUUUGGAGAAAAACCAAGCAACAUCUGCUUGAUUUGCUCAUACAUCCCAAAAAAGAAACAGAAAAAGAAUGUUCUAAUGUUAUCCUCCAUGCACAGCGACGAUGCUAUAGGUGCUGACAGUGGCAAAGCGAACAAACCUGAAGUCAUUAUGUUUUACAAUCUUACAUAA